AUGUCCAAUCGGUCCCCACUGCACAUAACAACCCAUGAAUACCAGGAAAUCGCUGGAGAUGAAGAGAAGCUAGAACUCUUUAUUUACGACUUCUUCCGCACGGCACCUGGUGAUACGCAGUAUGCAGCUGUAAAAGAGCUACUUCUAAACACAUUUGACUUUUCCCGCACUCACCUGGCUAGCUCUGAUGCCGCCUGCGCGCUGGUAACGCUUCUUGUUGACCUCCAUGAGCUCAAUAUAUCAAAAACCUUUAUAUCCUACGAGGAUUUGCGAGAGUUUGCGAAGAAAAGAUUGGUCGGGUAUUCACUAGAGUGCCCCCCAUUCUACACAGCAUUUUUUGAGAUGGAUGUCAUCAAGGCGACGGCCGAGUUCAUCGAUUUCUCAUAUACAAAUAACUAUAAGCUGUGGCGCUAUCUAUUCUGCCCAGUUCCUGUGCUCGAAAUAAAGACCAAGAAAACACUGGACUUGAUAGAGAUCCAGUCGCUGCUCCAGUUGGGCUAUUCGGAGAACGAAGCAGAUGGUGCUGUCGCAGAAACGACAACGGAGACUUCACACGCAGCAGACUCCAAGGCACUUUCUAGUACUGCAAAGCCGCGCUCAUCCGCUGGGGGAGACCGGCAGGGGGGAGCCACUGGCAAGAAAGGCCAGCUGGUUGUUGAAGCAGUUCCUGAACCGGUACUUCCUAAGCGUAUUCUUUUACCAUUCAACAGCAUUCCUCUGAGCCUCACUGAGGCAACACUCUAUCAACCACCUCCGCCAAAGACCGAGGAUGAAGUAGUAGCAGAAGAGAUUCGCCACCAAAUACAGGAGGCAUAUACAGAUGAGAAAGACGGCGCUAAUGACGAUGAGAGCGAAACGCAGAAAGAAGAAGUAGACGUAGAACGCCUGGCUAGAGUCAUUGAGACAGCUACAAAUACUCAGCUUGAGAAGGCCAGGGCUCGGAUGAUCGCAGAGCUUACCACCACCACUACAACCCCCUCUGGCAAGAAGGAUCCGAAGAAGUAA